GCAGCCUCCGACCCGGAAACACAAGGGGCUAGGGCCGGAAGUGCCCACGGGCUAAUACAAACUCUUCGCGGGAGAGAGAUCGGCAGGGAGGCGCAGGUCUCCGUGCCCUAAAGAAGAAGUUACAUCUGUGCUAACUUGAUUUUUACCAAUGAAGAUGAAGCAAGACUCUGCUCGAAAUGCUACCUACACUGUGGAUUGUGAGGAUUAUGUGCAUGUGGUGGAAUUCAAUCCAUUUGAUAGUGGAAAUGUAGGUUCCCUAAUUGCAUACGGUGGCAAUAAUUAUGUAGUUAUUGGGACUUGCAGAUUUCAGGAGGAGGAUGCAGAAGUUGAAGGAAUACAGUAUGAGACAUUAAGAACAUUUCAUCAUGGGAUCAGAGUCGAUGCCAUAGCAUGGAGUCCAGAAACCAGACUGGAUGCUUUACCUCCCCAGAUAAGAUUUUGUACUGCAGCUGCUGAUAGGAAGUUAAGGCUAUUCACUUCAGAUCUCCAGGAUAAGAAUGAAUAUAAGAUCUUUGAUGGCCACUCAGAUUACAUUAAUGAUCUGGUGUUUGCCCCUAAAGAAGGUCAGGAUAUUGCAAGUGUGAGUGAUGAUCACACCUGCAGGGUUUGGGACUUGGAAGGAAAUCAAAAGGCUUAUUUUGUUCUACGUUCCCCUGGAAUGAGUGUGUGCUGGCAUCCUGAGGAGGCUUUUAAGUUGAUGGUAGCAGAGAAGAAUGGAACAAUACGAUUUUACGAUCUCAUUACCCAGCAGGCCAUUCUGUCUCUCCAGUCUGAACAAAUUCCAUUGAUGUCCGCACAUUGGUGUUUAAGAAACACCCUUAAAAUUGGAGCAGUUGCUGGAAAUGAUUGGUUAAUCUGGGAUAUUACUCGCUCCAGUUAUCCACAAGAUAAGAGACCUGUCCAUGUGGAUCGAGCCAGAUUAUUCAGGUGGUCCAGAGUGAAUGAAAACUUGUUUGCAACCACUGGCUAUCCAGGAAAAAUGACUUCCCAGCUUCUAGUUCAUCAUUUAGGACACCCUCAGCCCAUUCUUAUUGGCUCUGCAGCUGUUGGAUCUGGUUUGACCUGGCAUAGGACUCUUCCAUUAUGUGCAGUUGGCGGAGAUCAUAAACUUUUCUUUUGGGUAACAGAAAUGUAAAAUAAAUGUGUGCUCUGAUUUAUUAAAUUCUCAAAUAUUGUCCCUUGUUGUAGUAAGAAGUGAAGAAAUCUAGUCAUUCUUGUAUAUUAAUAUUUAUUGGAACAAGAAUAAAAUAACCAAAACACACAAAACUAAACUUAAAUCCCUUUUGCUUGUUUUUAGAUGACAGUUAUAACAAGAUUUGUUAAGGCAGAUACUAUGUUUCAGAUAGUGAUGUGACUUUCAUAAUAAAACAUAAGUGCCUUUUUUCACAAUAUUUGUUGAUGAGAUGUUUUUUAAACAACUUUCUUUAGACCAGUGGUUUUCAAACUUUUUUUCUGGGGACCCAGUUAAAGAAAAUUGUUGAUGCCCACGACUCAAUGGGAAUGAGGGGUUUGGGGUGUGGGAGAGGGCUCUGGGCUGGGGCAGGGGGUUAGGGUGCGGGGCGGGUCAGGGCGCUGGGCUGGGGGUGCAGGCUCUGGGGUAGGGCCAGGGAUGAGGGGCUUGGGGUGCAGGAAGGGAUUCUGGGUUGGGGCAGGGGGUUAGGAUGCGCGAGGGGGUCAGGGUUCUGGGCUGAGGCUGGGGGGUUUGGUGUGCAGGAGGGGCUCCAGGUUUGUGGGGGGGCUCAGGGCUGGGGCAGGGGACUGGGGCACAGGCACAGACUUACCUCCAGCAGUUCAGUGACACAGCCGGGGUGGACUGCACUGCGCCACGGAAGCAGCCAGCAGCAGGUCUGGCUCCUAGGCAGAGGCACGCAAGCGCUGCCCUCCUCCUCUUCCCUCCUCCCCCUGUUCCCUUUGACCUGUUCCUGGCCAACGGGAGUGUAGAGCCAGUGCUCGGGGCAGGGGCAGUGCACGGAGCCCCUUGGCCCCCCUUCCUAGAAGCCAGACCGUUCCUGGCCACUUCCAGGGCGCAGUGCUGUGUGGAAAUAGGUAGGCACUAGCCUACCUUAGCUGGGUAUCACCACCUGUGACAUUAUUGACGUGAACUGUGACCGUAUAGAUCAUUGUUGCAACCAAGGUCCUGUAGUUGCACAAAACUUGUACAAAAGAGGUCAAAUAAGAUGUCUAUGGAAAGGUUUUGAUUUACUGUUUAUGAUUAUGCUGUCUGUAUGUGUGUAUCAUUUUUGUAUUUGAAGUUACAAAUUUUGGCUAUGUGUUUGAUCCUAAGUAGCAUCAGUGAAGCAUUUGGUCAGCUUCUUGAGAAGGGACUAUUCUGAGUAAGUGCCCAAUCAAGAAACACUUAACGGACAGUGGACUUUGGGAGAUGCCAAUCCACAUCUGAGCUUUCCUGGGAACAUUCAAACUAACAUGUAAACAACGGCGUCGGCCUGCAAAAAACUGAAUCAUUCAUGGACAUGUGACUUACCCAGGUGGCUACAAAUUCCAUCUUGUUGCUGUGAUCUUGCACAGAAGAAGAAAGGCAUUUCCACUCACCAGAGAGAAUAUAAAAGGCCCUGGAAGCCCCUCAAUUUUGUCUUCAACUGGCUCAAAAGAUGGCCUCUCCACCCCAGAGAGAUGCCUGAAAGGAAAUGAACAAAGGACAGUAACUACGGGGGUGUGAGUGAUUGCUGGACCCAGGCCGUAAACUACAAUGUUGGUCUGAAAAGGAUUGGGCCCAGACUAGGAAGGCAUCCAGUCUGUGAAAGAAGCUUAUUGGAGCAUCUCAGAGGGUGAGAUUUACCUGUAUUCAGUUUGUUAACGUGUUAGGCUUAGGCUUGCAUUUUUUUGUUUGAUUUUGCUUGGUAACUUACUUUGUUCUGUCAGUUAUUACUUGGAACCACUUAAAUUCUACUUUUUAUACUUAAUAAAAUUAUGUUUGCUUAUUAAUUAA